AAAAAAUUAUUAUUUAUUUCUUGUAUUGGAUUUUUCCCACUUCCCUAGUCUCUCCUCCACGCUAAGCUACUGUGCUCCCUCAACUUCACUCCGACGAGCUCCGUUUCUGCUCAGCUUCACUUCUUCAUCUUCGUCUCAGCUCAGUGUUAAUGGAGGUCGAGUCUCCACUGAGUUACGGUAUGGACCCAAGUGAUGACGAAAGAGCUGACCUCAGUAUUUCUGAGCUCAUUGGCGACCUCAGGACGGCCUUUAGGCCCUCCGAUUUUGACAGGGUUGAGGAGAUUUUUGUCAUUAAGGAAAACAAGAUGAUGGAACAAAUUAGGGAUUUGGAGUCUGACAAAAUCCGACUUGAAAUUGAGGUCAAGAAGUUGAAGACAGAGAAUAGUGAGAGUAGAGUUUUGAGAGAGAAUUAUGAAAUUAUGAGGGAAAGAGUGAAGAUGGCUGAAGAGAAAGCUGAAAAAACUGAAGGAAUGUUGGAACGGUUACUGAAAGAUGCGAAGAAGAAUGAGAGAGAAAAAUUGGAUGAGUUUGAUCAGCUCAAGGAGAAGAUUAAGGUUUUAGAGUCUGAGAAAACUAGAGCUGAGGAAGAUGUUCAAGUGUGGAAGAAAAGCUUUGUGGAAUUGGAGAAAAGAGUAACUUUGUUAGAAGCUGAAUUACAAAAUGUUGUAAAAAUUGAAUCUUUGGUUCCAAAUGUAAAAGCCAUAGAUUCUACUGAGUCUAACAAGGCAAAUGGGGAGAAGGGUACAGGUGAAAAUGAUCAUCAUCUUCCUUCACCUCCAACUUCUCCAAUGAACCAAGAUUUUCUAAGUGACAAGAAAUCUGACUUUGAACAACAAACUAUUGUUAUCAUUGAUAGUGAUGAUGAAAAUGCUCCUCCUAGAACCAAUUUGCAUGAUAAAGGCCCUAUAGAUCUGACUUAUAAAGGCCCUAUAGAUCUGACUUAUAAAGACCCUAUAGAUCUGACGGAUUGGGAUAUUAAGCCCAUUCUGUCUAAACGAAAAAGAUCUUGUUCGCCUAAUGCAAGUGGGAGCAAGAGGAAGCUUGAUGGUGCAACACCUACAAAUGAUGCUAAGAACCGAAAAUCGCCAUCAAAACAUGUUCAAGUUGAAUACGAAGAGAAGACAAGAGAGGACAAAAGCUCUCCAACUACUUUUAACCAGCUAACAGUUGGUGAUGAGAGUGGGGCUUUCAAUUUUGAGGUUAGUUCCUCAUCUGACAAGCAAACUAGUUCCUCAUAUCACAGUGAUGCUAGCGUUGAUUUAGAUGAGAUCUUUUCACAAAGCCAGAAACCAAUUUAACUAAGAUAAGUGAGUGUACACGACCAGCGAUUUUGAACACCAUUUUGGUCUACUUGUUCUUCGGGGCAGUCAAGAGGAUUCUUGUACUCUGCAUUUCUGAUCUUUUUGUUGCUGGUUGUUAUUGCUUGCUUGUAGCUAUAGAUAUAGUUAGAUGCCAUUAAACUAACACAUUAGUGUAUAUGUAUCUAUAUAUGAUUAGUUCACUACCUUACCUUAGGAAGAGUCAGAAAAAACCAUUCUUGCCUUUGUUCCUGUCUAUAUGUAUAUUUUUAAGGCAAGGUUGAAAUGGUUCUUUUUCUCUUCCCCUUUUGUACAAAACUAGCUAAUUGGACUGGUAUAGUCAAAGCUCAACAGAUAUUUGUAACAAGUUAUUAUUAUUAUUAAAUAUAUAUAUAUAUAUAUAUUUAUAUUUUCUUUUUGCUUGAAGAAAA